UACCCCCCAGAAAAUAGCUGGAACCUUGACUGCAUUCUAGUUCUAGUUUCUCAAAUCUCUGAUUGUGCAAUUUGGCUCUAAUUGGGGUCUUGUUACUCUCACACACCCACUUUUCUUUUUCUCUUUUCACUUUUUGACAUCAUCAUCGUUAUGGUGUCACCCACGGCGUUGAUAGAGACACCUCUAAAGAUCUAGACCCUUUUUGGACCGACUCUGAGAUUGAACAAACAUAACCCAGUUUUGAGGUAUUUUAGAUCAGAGUAGUGGACACCUCGUCGAGGUUCAAUGACUCGAUCGUUGGGCGAUCGGCAAACAAGUUAAAAGACGCAACUAGCCCGGCUUGAAUAUUCAUGCCGGUAAGUGACGAUCCAACUGGCUACCAAAUAUUGACACGCCGCUGCUUCUAACAUGAAAAUCUCAUCAUCGCAUCGCUGCCAGCGCUUGCCGGAGUAUCUUUGCUUGUAAGUGUAUCUGUAUCUGUGGGAUUCUUCGGCCGGAGAAGUGGUAUAAAAGCGAUGCGUCCCCCCGAAAACUCACACAGUAUCGAAGUGAAAGUGCGUGGGCGAAGUGAGUGAGAACCGGGAUCGGAUUGAGAACGAAAUACAAGGAUUAUGUUUGGAUAUACUGGGUUGCUGUGGAUUAUCGGACUCGUGGCCUUUGCGCAGGCGCAAACGCUGAAUGAAACGAGUGGUGGGGUGGCGCCUCUGGAGUCUGGUAUGUGGCGCCAGGGCAGGAGGAGAAGUGUUCUGGCAGACACCUGCACCACCAACAGCGGCACCACCGGCACCUGCCUCACACGCUUCAAGUGCAUGCGGCAAUCGGGCACCGUAAACGGAUAUUGUGGCACCUACGGUGUUUGCUGUGAAACCAACCUCCAAGUGGGCGCUACUACCCGCCAAAAACGAUCGAUUAUCAAGAGCCCUGCCACAUUCGCCACCGACCUGAUCACCUACACCGUCGAGGCGAUGAGCAACAACGUCCAGCAGCUGCGCAUCGACUUCGAGCAGUUCGAGAUGGCCCAGCCGGUGGAUACGGACGGUGUCCUGGACUGUCAGGACUACUUUGAGGCUGGGGGCUUCAAGUUGUGUGGCGUGAACAACGGACAGCAUCUGUAUCUGCCUUUCAAUGCGGCAACCGGAGUAGAGCAGGUCACCAUCACCUUUGCUGUGCCCUCCAAGUCGACGGGAACCAACUGGCGACUGAUUGUGACCCAGCUGGAGGGUCCUCCCAUUUCCAGUAGACGUCGCCUCACCACCACCGCAGGAUUUGGAGCUAGCACCAACUCCUUGCAGGAUCUGAGGGACAUCUUCGCCUCGCAUCACGCGGACUAUGAGCUUCUGGCUCCUCCGGGCUGCCAGCAGUACUACACUGGGCUGACGGGCACCAUUCGCAGCUUCAACUUCCAGAGUGCCGUGACCAGCAACUAUAUGCCCGAUCUGAGCUACAACAUUUGCAUUCAAUCUUCCACCAGUGCCAGCAUGAUAGAGUACAGCUUCAGUCAGUUCUCCAUGUCCAUACAGGACGGCACUGCCGAGGGUUAUGAUGAGUUUUGUCAUCCCACAGUCCACACGGCGGGCAGGCAGGAGGAUUACCUGAUGAUACCCCAAGGAAUUCUGGCCAAAAACAUGGCCUAUCAGCCCACAUACUAUUGUGGCACUAACGAAAAUCUGGUGGUUUAUGCUUCUCCACCUUACUUGCUGCACUUCUCCAGCGACGACCUGACUCUGGACAGAUCUGUGGAGACUGGGUUCAGCAUGACUUACCGCCUAAGAAACUCACUUCUUUAAUCGUAGCGACUAUUAAAUAAUAUCUGAUAGGUUUGCCCGCAGGGCACACAGGAAUUUAAUAAACUCGAAUGUCUUUAA